UAGACAAAAAAAAUCAGAUCUUUUCCUUUUCUUCAAAUUUUUGUUAGAAGAAGCAGCGAUCUGCAUAAAAUAAUGGCUCUCUCAAUUUUAUAUCCCACGCCCACCGCGCAUUUUCGCUGCUCCACCUCAAUCCCCUCUCCUCCUCCCCUGCUCAAAAAUCUCAAGCUCCCUCGUUUCUGGCCAUGGCAAAAGGUAAAGGUGGGAUCUUUGAGUGUAUCUCCAAUGGGGUUUGGGACGUGGGCUUGGGGCAAUCAGUUUUUGUGGGGUUAUGAAGAAUCCAUGGAUGGUGAGCUUCAGCAGGUUUUCAAUCUUGCUGUUGAGAAUGGGAUCAAUCUGUUUGACACAGCUGAUUCCUAUGGCACCGGCAGAUUGAAUGGGCAGAGCGAGAAGCUUCUUGGCAACUUUAUUCGUCAAUUUCCAGGGAAUAAGCAGGUGCGGGAUAACAUAGUGAUUGCAACUAAAUUCGCUGCAUAUCCAUGGCGCCUUACACCUAACCAGUUCGUGGAGGCUUGCAGGUCCUCAUUAGAUAGGAUCCAACUAGAUCAAAUCGGAAUAGGACAACUGCACUGGUCGACCGCGAAUUAUGCCCCUCUCCAGGAACGAGCUCUUUGGGAUGGUUUAGUGGCAAUGUAUGACAAGGGUUUAGUACGAGCAGUUGGUGUGAGCAAUUACGGACCAAAGCAGUUACUGAAAAUAUAUGAUUACCUUGAAGCUCGUGGGGUUCCACUUGUAUCAGCUCAGGUGCAAUUCUCACUGCUGAGUAUGGGAGAAGAUCAGCUAGAGAUGAAGAGCACGUGUGAUGCUCUCGGGAUUCGAGUUAUUGCUUACAGUCCUUUGGGACUCGGCAUGCUUACUGGAAAAUAUAACACUUCCAAUCUUCCAACUGGACCACGGGGGUUCCUAUUUCGGCAAAUACUACCAGGACUCGAGCCUCUCUUGGAAUCUCUUAAACAGAUUGCACAAACAAGGCGAAAAACCGUAUCCCAGGUGGCUAUAAAUUGGUGCAUCACGAAAGGUACAAUACCGAUUCCCGGGGUUAAGUCGAUCAAACAAGUGGAGGAAAACUUAGGCGCUCUCGGUUGGAAACUUAGUUCCGAUGAAAUGCAACUGUUAGAAUCUGCAGCUUUAGAAUCUCCCAGAAAGAUGGUACAGAACAUCUUCCAAACUAGAUAAAAUACAUCUUGUACAUUUUGCAUCAUGGUAAUAUACAUGUUAAACGAAGUUAAGCCUAUUGAUUUAUGAAAUAAUGAUGAAUCAUACGACACCA